AUGCCGCGCAAGAAGCAAAAAAGUGGUCCUUCACCACGUACCAACACCACUACCGGGACUGCGCAUCGCGCUGGUGGUGGUAGUGCGGCCAAAAGUGGCUCUGUGCCGGGAGGACAUCAGAUGAAGACCAAGGCAUCCGUAUCGACCUCAACCAAGCUUGGGAAUGGAGGUGCAGGUGGUGGGCAAAAGAAGCAGUCGUUGCAGACGAAUCAGAGGCCGAUAGUGCCGUUUUUAAAGGAAGAUCGGAUUUUGUUGGUUGGUGAAGGAGACUUCUCCUUUGCCCGCUCCCUGGCAAAGCAAUACAAAUGUCGCAAGCUAUGCGCGACAUGCUACGACUCCAAAGAAACGCUCUUUAGCAAAUAUCCCCAAGCUGAACAGCAUAUUCAGGAGAUUUUGGACUCUGCAACGUCCAAGUCGAAAAAGACAGAUCAAGAGAAUGCACACGAUGAGAAGGACCAGCAAACCUCGUCUCAGUCUCAGUCUCAGACUCAGUCCUCGUCGACUCAAAAACCAGCACCCAAAGUUCUCUUCUCCGUCGAUGCCCAACGCAAGAUUCCAGCGUGGAAACUUGCUCAGCAGGCGCAGGCGCAAGCGCAAGCGCAAGCCCGGGCCCAGUCUAGUGGUUCUGCUGCGUACGAAUUGCGAAUGUCAUUAAGUGGUGGUGGCGGUGGUGGGGGGGGAGGACCCUGGGAUGUGAUCUGUUUCAAUUUCCCACAUGUGGGCGGACUCUCGACGGAUGUGAAUCGUCAAGUUCGUGCGAAUCAAGAACUUCUUGUGUCGUUCUUCCAGGCAUGUGUCCCGCUUCUUUCGAAGGCGCCGCCGCCGGUGGAUGAAGAUGACGAAGAAGAAGAGUGGGGGGAGGACGAGGAAGACGAGGAAGAGGACGAUUCCGAAUCAUUCGACUUCGAGAACAAGGAGACCUCUGGCAAAGGGAUGCGCACUGGACCAGGUCAAAUCCUGGUUUCUUUGUUCGAGGGCGAGCCCUACACGCUCUGGAACAUCAAAGAUUUGGCGCGACAUGCGGGACUGCAGGUGGUGACGAGCUUCAAAUUCCCGUGGACAGAGUACGAGGGCUACUCGCAUGCGAGAACGCUGGGGAAGUGGAAGGGAAAGAUGGGUGGGAGGGUGUGGUGGCGUGGAGAGGAUCGGUUGGCGAGGAUGUAUGUCUUUGAAGUGAGACAGGAGGAAUCUCAAGGAAGAAGAGUAAGAAGAGAGGUCGAGAUGGCGAUAGGAGUAGGAGUGAUGGUGAGGAAUUUUCAAAAUCUAUACGCAUUGAGUGGAAAGGGGUCUCCCCCACAGAUGAGAAUGGUAGAAAGAUUGUAG